CGAGCUUGUACCUGGCAAAGUUGAUCUAGGGAGCCCUGACAUGGGUGUUCUCUCCCGUUAAUGGAAAUUCGGCCUGUUGCUAUUCAGACGUUGGUCCCUACUUGACUUAAGCCUGUGGCUGUUGGCCGGACUCGCAAACCCGCGGACCCGCCGUUCGUUGCUCGGAUUGCACUCCAAUGCGAAGCUGCCGCGACGAGUCCAUCCAUAGUAGAGCCCCGUAUCUGUAUGUUUCAUCUCCUUCUAUCUGCCUUACUAUUCCUAAUGUACAAUCAAUCAUAUCUUGGCACUCUUUCGCAUGGUGUCCACACAGCUAUUGUCGCCAUGAGCCUACCUUGACUCUAGUGCUGUGUGGUGUCGUCCCAUUUGUGCCUUACUGUAUACGGAUACUCCGACAAUACUUAGCUGGCUCCAAGUGGGAGCGCAUGCUUCCAUGUCUUCACGAUGUUCCCAUUCUCCACUCAAACACAUGGCGCAUCACGGCUUGAAAGCCAUGCCGUUGUCUCUUCGUCUCCUCAACCCU